AUGCUACUGAAAACAAACUACCAAAAGCCAAAUUUGAUAAUAUCAGAUGGUACAGAUGAAAUGAAGAUUGAAACAGAUGUAGACUACAUAAGAAUGAGCUGUUGCUACGGGGUAUAUGGCCUGAUUGAGUAUAAGAUGUGUGAAUACUUAAUUAUGGUAAAAUAUGCAGUAAAGGUGGGUACAAUUGAAGGCAAGGAAGUGUAUGAGAUAAAAGAGGUGCUAUUGGUGCCACUAAAUAGCAAGGGAGCUGAUAGUACAUUCAUCGGAGAGGUGCAGAGGUUCUUUGCUACUACACCUGGUUUCUAUUUCUCAGGGUAUAAUUUGCAUGAACAAUACAAAACAUUCAGGAAAACAGUAGAGGCAUUGAACUCAUAUGAAAGCCUGUUUAAAGCAAGUUUGGCUGAUACACGGGUAGUUUUGGAAGAUGAGAGCAGUGCUGUAGACAUGUAUAAGAUAAAAAAGAAAGAAGAUUCCUUUUUUGGGUCACGGGAAUUAAUGGCAAAAGAAAGCAAGGAGAAUGCACAGGAUGGAAGAAUACCGCCAAAAAAGAGGCCAAGAGACCAAUUUGUGUUCAACUACAAAGCACGUGAAACAUUCAUGAAGAAGUAUCAAACAGAUAGGUUCUGUAUUAGUGUGAUUCAGGGGUAUUUUGGGCAGUUUAAGAAUUACAUUUUGAUCAGCAGAAGAAGUACAGGUCGCAUGGGACCACGUCUGUUGUGUCGUGGUGCUGAUGGAGAAGGAAACUGUGCUAAUUUUGUGGAGACUGAGCAGAUUGUGGAAUAUAAAAGCGCACUGGUCUUAUUGAGAGGAUCUGUGCCACUGGAAUGGAAUCAGGGGCAGGAAUUAGCUUACACGCCUACAAUAAAAAUACGUCAACAAAAGAGAGAAGAAGUAACAAAGCAUGGAGUAGUGAGCUUGUAUAGUGAUACGAAGGAGAGUAAAACUACCAAUCCAACACAACAGCAUCACAGAAAAAUGGUAGAGCUCUAUCAAAAUCCAGUCAAAAUUAUUUACCUGAAUUUGCUAAAUAGUAAAACAGGGGAAAUGAUGCUAAGCAAUGCAUUUGAGAACGAGUUGAAGGACAGUGGCUACUCCUGCUACUCUCACAACUUCAAUGGGGAACAAAUUAAGAAGAAGUUUCCAUUUUCAAUAGAAAGCAUCAUUCCAAGCACAAUGUACAAUGAUCAGUCCAUAGUGGUCAGAACGAACUGUUUGGAUUCAUUGGACAGAACAAAUGCAAUGGAAUAUUUCAUAGCAGAAGAAGUAGCAAAGAGACAGCUCAAAGAGAAAUUAAGCAUGUUUAUACAUGAAAUCAAAAGGUUGUGGAUUGAGAAUGGAAAAUACCUGUCUAUUCAGUAUAUUGGGACACCGGCAUUGCAUUCUCACAAUAUCAUGAGUGGAUUCUAUCUCAGAUCUCGAAUCAACGACCUGAUAUCAAGUAUACAGCGAUAUUUUGUGAAUAGGCUUGGAGAUUCACAGACUGAGCAAAUAUACAAGGUGUUACUUACUGAUUCACGGAAUAUUGUUAUUAGAAAGAGGAGAGAAUACUACAAGUUGACAAAUAGGAAUAUUAUGAUAUGUUUAUUGAUGUUAUUGAGCAUAAUAUUGGGAAUGAAGAUCAAGCAUAAAAAUACAGACAAACAAAAUAGUUUCAAAAGUGAAGAAAAACGCAUUCAGAGCAGAACAGAAGAGAUCAAAGAACCAAUUGCUUCAACUGGUAAAAUAGACCGUACAAUAGAGAAUAUUGUGAAACCUGUGACUAGUCAACCAUUCAAUACAUUGCAUUCUACGAUCAUAACCAAAACGGCAUACAAAACUAAAACAGUCACAUCCACUGAAGAAGUUAUAGUCAGCAAACCACCAAUUUCAUCACCACUGACAUUACCACUGGAAAACAACAUAAUUUCAACAAUGAUCACAAAUGAAGUAGAAAUCAGCAAAAAUAGCACGAAAGAAAGCAGCUCCAGCACCAAUGAAUCAGCAGUACCCAAGAAAAUCAAAAUCAAGCGACGCAUCUACAUCUACAAUUCUGAUGAAUAUGGAAUAUCACUUUCAGAAGAGGAAACCAACUGCUUUAUCAUCUGUAUAAUGAUGUUUGUCUUGAUUGGAUUGAAGUACUGGUAUUAUUACAUCUGGACUAUUGAUGAAUAUGAACCAUAA